AUGCCGGAAGGAGCUUCUCAGGAUUCAGCCAUGGCGGAGAUCUCUGAAGCAACAACUUCCUCCGAUCCACUAAACACUAAGUCCGAAGAGGAAAAUUUCGACCCUAAAACCAUGCGUAAAACAAAGCCUGGAUUGAAGCGUUUAUUUCUCACUCUCACUGUCUUCAUCUCUUUUCUCAUCGCUUUGCCUUUCUUACUUAAGUCCAUAGAGAUUUACCGAGCACCAUUGCCUUUUGAAGACAUAGAUUUACUUUCAACGGAAAUGGAGAAGAAUCAUUUGGUGUUCCCUUGCCAAUUUCAAGCUGUUUUUGUGAACUUCUAUGAGAUUACUGCUGUAAAUGAGCUUGGGCUUUUGAUCGAUUCUCAUAUGCAAAAACUGACCUCAGAAAAUUCUCCACCUUGUGGUACGUGUGGGAACAAUGUCACUGUGGCUGUAACAAUUGAUUCCAAUUCCAACUGUAUUCACAGGGAAAGCGGAAAUGGCAACGGUAAAUGGCAGUGUGGUAUGUUGAAUGGAUUUGAUAAGGUGAAUGAUCAUGAUGAGGAUUUUGAUGAGUAUUUGGAGUCGGUAUUGGAUAGUACGAGUAGGAAGGUUUAUACGGUUGUGGUGAUAAAUAGGAAGCAGGAGGACGUUAGAAUUGUUGUUGGAAAAUAUAGGCAUGCUUGGAUAGUAGGAAAUGAUUCCGUAGAGAAAGCUAUUGAGAAAAUGGCAGAGAUUUUUAUCAAAGUGUUUGUGAAUGGUGGGAAGGAAGAAGGAUCAAUUCGAGGGGAAUUCAUGCCAGUAGGUGCAGAUGGCAAGGUCGUGCUUUCUUUCAGUCUUUUGAAUUCUGAUCCACAUGAUUGGGUUUAUGAUUGGGAUUUUAAGGAGUUAGAUGAGAUUCUGCUGGCUCCUGUGGUAGAUGCUUUAAGACCAGUAGCUGACAUUAGUGUGGAAAGCCAGGUUCUAUAUCAUACUCCAAAGUCUUCAUAUUCAUAUUGGGAUGACACACAGGGUAGCUAUAUUUUCAGUACAAAAGAUCUUCCUUUCUUUGUAAAUUCAAAUGAAUGGCACUUGGAUACUUCAACAGCAGCUGGAGGGCGGUCAAAAGUCCUGCAUUUUGUGUUAUAUGUGCCAUCUGCAAAAGAGUGCCCUCUAAAGUUGCAGUUGCCAAAUGGAGAGAUUUCCAUGACAAAUGGUUUUAUAUCUCCGAUGUGGGGAGGUAUUAUUGUUUGGAAUCCACCGGCCUGUGUAGAGAAUUUUCAAAUGCAACAUCUUUCCAAGCACAAAAUUUCCUCUGAGGACUUGAAGAUGAUUUCUGAAGUUUUCAUGGGACAGUUGCGCCAACUAUUUGGUCUGAAGUCUGAGAGCUUUUACGUUGGUGGAUUCACCACAUCUGUACUUUUAACCAGUGACAAAGGCUUUGCAGAAUGGGAGUUGGAUGUGUUAUCUAGGCAUCACACAUGUUUCAAUCUUCUUCAGUGUGGCACCACCCUUGGAUCUCUUUCUCGAUUGGUUCAGUCACUUCCCAGGAUGAUAAUCAUGGAUGAAAUAGGAAAACAGGUAAAGUAUUCUCUUGAAGCUGCAAAAUUAUCACUAGGCAAUGUGUCUUUAGGAUAUUCUGAUGCUUCUGCUGUUUCCUCGAGAAAAGCAAGAGCAUUAGCAGAGGAUGCCUUUUAUCAUCCAUCUAUGAUGUCCGUGAGCUACUACUCGUUUGAACACUGUUUUGCUGUAUAUUCGCCGUUCUUUCUGCCAGUUUCACUGCAUGUGCUUCUUGCAGUCAUUAGAGAAUGGAAAAGAUAUAAAGUGGAAAGCAGAAAGUACCUUUCAUGGAAGGUCAAGGUCAAAGUUGAGUAGUUUGUCAGAGUUGCAUAUAAAACCUUAGAGCGGAAGCACGAAAACUGGUGUCCAUGGAAAAAAAAUUGCACUACAUUCCAUGAAGAUUUUAUAAAAAAAUUGACUAGAUACAAAUUCACCUGUAUAUUUCCUUCUUUUUUCUUUUUUUUUCUGACACUAGCGUGUAGUGCAAUGUUGUAGUACUACAACGCAAAAUAUGCUUUGUGCAUAACAUUGUCAUAGUGAAAUUUGUCCCACAGAUGAAAUUUAGGAGCUUGGACACCGCUCACCAUCGUCGGCUAGUGCACAUGACACUUUUUUGGAAUGGUUGUUACUUAUUGUUUCAUAAUGUAUCGUAGUGUAUUGUAGUCUAAUAUAUUGUUUUAAUGAA